AUGGACGACGACGACGAGUACGGCGCUGAUGCCGAUGUUCUGGCAGCGUUGAUGGCCUCCGAGUCCGCUGCCACCGCUUCUGCUUCUGCUUCUGCUCCUACUCCUGCUCCUGCCCUUUCGAACCGCAUCCAACAACCCACUCCACAGCGUAUACAGCAACCAACCACUCAACGUCUCGACCGUGCCCCUCCCGCCAACAAUGCUUCGAGCGCACCCAAAGUUGUUCAGCCAACGCCCCAGGUGUUUGCGUCACGAUCCACGGGCUCAUCUAUUUUGGUCUCGACGCGCCAAAAAGGCAACCCGAUUCUCACCAAUCUUAGAUCUUUUCCUUGGGAGUACUCGGAUAUCCCUGCCGAUUACGUACUUGGGGCUACUACGUGUGCGCUCUUCUUGUCGCUGAAGUACCACCGUUUGCAUCCAGAAUAUAUCUACAACCGGAUCAAGAAUUUGCAAGGCAAAUAUAAUCUUCGAAUCGUAUUGACCAUGGUGGACAUUGCGAAUCACGAAGACAGUCUAAAGGAGCUAUCAAAAACCAGUUUGGUCAACAAUGUCACGGUAAUUUUAUGCUGGAGUGCGGCGGAAGCUGCUCGAUAUUUAGAGCUCUACAAGAGUUUUGAACACUCCAACUCGACCGCUAUUCGAGGAACGGAAAGUAAGGGCUACGCUGAGAAAUUGGUAGAAUUCAUUACGAUCCCCAGGAGUAUCAACAAGACGGACGCAAUAUCUUUGGUGAGUGCUUUCGGGAGUAUCAAAGGAGCGGUCAAUGCCAGGCCGGAAGAGAUUGCCCUCGUAGGUGGUUGGGGAGAGAAGAAAGUCAAGAGGUGGUGCAGUGUCGCGGAUGAACCAUUUAGGGCUCGGAAAUCUGCCAAAAGAGGAACAGAUGCACCGGCGCUUAGAGACACCGUUGGUGCCCGAGUUCAGGAUGUGAAUGUUUCCACGAGUGGAGCUGAACCAAGUGGUGUAACUUCCACCAUAACAGGACAGAAGGAAAAAGAAAUACCAGCGAAGCCAUUCCAUAUAUUGGACCCGGAUGAUGACGAAGAAGAGGCCAUGGCCGAUGCAGCGAGAGAAGAAGAGGCGAGAAUUGCCAGAGAAAAGAAAAGAGAGGCUGCCAAAAAAGACGAAGAAUUGAGCGGUAGACUUGCUGCUGCACUUGCAAAACUGCGGAAGAGUUGA